UAUAUUUAAUAAGCGCGCCGCUCCUUCUUCCCCCCACCUUCCUCCUCUCCGCUUCCACCGUACGCAUCUCUCCCUCUCCCUCUCCCUCUCUCUCUGGGACCUCGGGGGCGUCAAUCCAGAUCAAGAUUGAGAUGGGAGAGGAGAAGAAGGCCGGCGGCGUGUGGCCUACCGUCAAGCCCUUCGUCAACGGAGGUGCUUCCGGCAUGCUCGCCACCUGCGUCAUCCAGCCCAUCGAUAUGGUCAAGGUGAGGAUUCAAUUGGGUCAAGGAUCCGCAGGUCAGGUGACAAAGACCAUGCUUAAGGAGGAGGGUGUCGGAGCCUUCUACAAGGGGCUUUCUGCAGGGCUGCUUAGGCAAGCUACGUAUACAACUGCCCGUCUUGGAUCGUUCAGAAUGUUGACGGCCAAAGCAAUUGAAGCCAAUGAUGGGAAGCCUCUACCCCUAUAUCAGAAGGCUUUAUGUGGUUUAACUGCUGGUGCUAUUGGGGCUUCUGUUGGUAGUCCAGCAGAUUUAGCACUUAUUCGGAUGCAAGCUGAUGCUACUUUGCCUGCUGCCCAGCGCCGAAACUAUACCAAUGCUUUCCAUGCCCUUUACCGUAUUGUUGCGGAUGAAGGGGUUCUGGCACUAUGGAAAGGAGCUGGUCCUACUGUGGUGAGAGCAAUGGCAUUGAACAUGGGAAUGCUUGCCUCGUAUGACCAAAGUGUUGAAUUCUGCAAGGACUCACUUGGUUUUGGUGAAGCUGCUACAGUUAUUGGGGCUAGUACUGUUUCUGGGUUCUUUGCCGCUGCUUGUAGUUUGCCCUUCGAUUAUGUCAAGACCCAAAUCCAGAAGAUGCAGCCUGAUGCUCAGGGAAAGUAUCCAUAUACUGGCUCCUUCGACUGUGCAAUGAAGACCCUCAAAGCUGGAGGACCAUUCAAAUUCUACACGGGCUUUCCAGUAUAUUGUGUCAGAAUUGCCCCUCACGUGAUGAUGACCUGGAUAUUCCUGAACCAGAUCCAAAAGGUAGAGAAAUCCAUCGGAUUGUAGUUUGUUUGGCGGAUAUCCGGAUUCUCUCUGGAGUGCAAGCAUUAAUAAAGAAUACUACUAUUGCUGUCUUGUAGUCCUCAAGGGGACACAUUCUUUUGGUGAUUUCACCCACCCUCUGAUGCAAACCUCAAUUGUUCAUUAGGAAUUUUUGCAGAUGUGAUCACAGCUGAAGUGCUAGGUCUGCUUGAUUCAUCUUUAAAUUGUUGUAGCGGCUUUGAUAGGGUGAGGGUAUUACUAUAUACUAGGACGGCAUGAUUUCUCGAUUUUCCGGAGUAAUUUAAGGGGUUUUCUCAAUUUGGAAGACUGAGGAGAAUAUGUUUCGGGGCGAAUAAUUUUUUUUUUCUCUCUGAAGGGGUUUUAAGAUUUGGCAUGAGAGUAUUGGUUUCUUUUU